AUGGCUCUCGCGCAGAUUGGUUCUCUCCGCCCCUGCCCGUGUCUCCAUGAAUCCGUGUCCACGGCAGCAUUGAAUUCCAGAGAUUCCUCAUUUCGUCUCUGUCCAGCCUCGACCACUCCACUCGUUCUGCGUUCCAACAAUCGCCCUAUCCUGCACGCCGUCAACCCGUCGUCACGUGGCCUGAAGUUCCACUGCUCGCGAGUUACCGCUCUUUCCGCUGCCGCCAAAAGCGUCGAAACCUCGACGGAAAAUGGCUUGGUUGAUCAUUUCGCGACGGACGACCGACCCAUCGUGCUUUACGAUGGCGUGUGCAACAUGUGCAACGGCGGGGUCAAUUUCGCCCUUGAUGCAGAUCCACAGGGUCGUCUCCGGUUCGCGGCCUUGCAGAGCGAGGCUGGGCGGGCAUUGCUGGCUCGUUCCGGACGUUCACCAGACGACAUCAGCAGUAUAGUGCUGGUCGAGAGGGAUGGGGCUUACAUAAAAUCAGACGCAGUGUUGAGGAUUGCUCGCCUUCUUGACCUCCCAUACCCGCCAUUGGCCUUCCUCGCCGCACUUGCACCGAAGCCGCUGCGGGAUGUGGUGUAUGAUGGCAUUGCAAACAACAGAUACUCUAUCCUUGGCAUGCGUGAUUGUGCCUCUCCUCCUCUUGGCACAUACACACAUUCAUCGUCUCCUUUCCACCUGCAUUCAUCGCUCGUCGCCGUUAUUCCCGUUAUCUCUCCUCCUUUCCUUUCCCUCCGUCUCAUCCCCCUUCUUGGCCCCAAGUCGUCAUCAUGUCUCUCUCCGCCCUUUCUCGCUCGUUCAGUCGAACCACGAUUUAAAGCUGAGCCGUCGAGCAAUGAGCGAGUAGCAAGCGGUUCUGAGUGUUGUGGGUGUUUCUCCUCGUGGUGCGCGCCGUGGUUACAGGAGCGCAUGACUGCCUUGGUGAUGGCUCUCCGACUCUUCUGCAAGCUGCUCGACGACAAGAACCACGUCGCGGAGAUCGUUCACUAUCUUGUGGACGUGCGGCCGUUCCAGUUUGUGGUGGCUCGGCUGUUCUGCGAGGAGAUUAACACGCGCCGGCGAGCGCGCGGCGCCAAGGGCUUCUUCCCGCGCAAGGAGAUCAUAGAGCUGCUCUCGUACGACGACCAGGAGGAUGUCAAGCUCUCAGGCGCGGUGCUGUUCAGAAGCCUUGAGCAUCUCGUCUCCCCGCCGCUGGAGGUGCAGGGGCUGCUGGAUGCGGGGCUGCUGUCGAUGCUGGUGUCCAUAUUCACGGAGUUCUGUGUGCCGGACGACGACUCCGCGUCCUUCAACGGCACUGACGACCUAGGAGAGGACGACCCGCCUCUCGACCCUCGUGGCACACAAGUCGAGGACCGUGUGAUAGAGCUGAUGAAGGGGCUGGCGGUGCACAGCGGGGCGGCCGUGAGUCUGAUAGAGGACGACUCGCUCAAGAAGAUGUUCCGCGCUGCAGCCGGGCUCUUCUCCCCCUCCUUCAGCUACAUGGGCGACUACUCGGGCGCUGCUGCUGGCGCCGCUGCUGCCAACCUCGAGCUCGAUCCUAAGCUGCGCAAUGCAGCAGCAGAGAUUCUGGAGCUGUCUCUGGCGAGUGACACUGGUGGUGUGGCGCGCUAUAUCCACAACCACAACCUUCUGGAGGUGCUGCUCAAGGCGGUGAUACAGUACGAGGUGGACUCGGGGGACUCGCACCAUGUGCUGCUGCUCGUCAACGCCCUCAUUGAAUGCCUGCGCCUCGCCUUCCGCCCAGACGCGGGUCCUGUGAAGCUGAAGGAGGAUUUUCGCUCUCUGCGGGGCUACUUCUGGCUGGGCCAGCUCGUGCUCAAGCUCACCUUCGCAGCUGACACACCUGCUGACCCCACGCCCGUCGCCCAGCUCCACAACUCGCCCUCCCCUCUCCUGCAGCAGCCCCCGCUCUCCCCCGCCCCCUCCCCGCUAGCCCCUCUCCCUGGCUCGGGCACAGACCCUGAUGAAGCUGCAAGGGAGGACAAGGGGGAGGAGCCAGAGAAAGGGGAAAUGGGCGAGGGGGAGGAUGGUGGGGAGGGAGAGAGUGAGAAGCGAGGAGGGUCAAGCCCAGAGGAGGCAGUAAAGCCUGCAGAGCCAGCAGUACCCUCUUCUCUAGUAAAGCUGCUCGAUGCUCUUGUGGCCAUGGCUCAGACUGUUGGCGGCGACCCUCCUCGGCUGCACACCACCGGCACCCGCCCGUUCUUCCGGUCCCCGUCGGGCCGGCAGAAGGACCUGUCCAACCUGCCAGGAGCGCAGGUGAAGUCACUGGAGUCCCUGCGGGUGAGGGAUCCCGACGCGGUGCUCGUGCUGCAGAACGUCUUCCUGGAGACGAACCAGCUGCCCGUGCAGCUUCUCGUGCUGGAGCGCCUGCAGAACCUCUACGCGUUCUUCCCAGAGAACUACUCGGUUAUCCAGGAGCUCAAGACGUUCCAGAUGCUGAUUCGCAACAUAGGCCAGUACCCGCGCAUGCUGCAGGAGCAGCUGCUCAAGGUCCUGGAAUACACAGUCAUUGUACUCAACAUAGUCCCAGAGCAGGAGCUUCUAGCGCUCUGCAUUGAGCUACAGAAGCCCGUGCCGACGUCUCUCUCCCGCUCUGCGCUCAUCUUCUUCAACAAGCUGCUGUCGUUUGAGCAGAACUUUGUGGAGGUGCUGCGGGACGUGGGGCUCGUGGAUAUCCUUGUCACGGACCUUAGGAAGUGCUCGCCUCCAGAGUCGACCCCUGUGCUUGCUGAUGGGUCCGUCCCCUCGGUCUUCUUCACGCCGCAGUCCUCAGCUGCUGCUUCUCUUGCUGGUGGUGGUGGUAGUGCUGGUACACAGGGUGGUGCAGGAGGGGCCGACUCUCCCUCCUCCUCUGCCUCCUCCCGUUCCUUCCCCCAGUCGCCCUCGUCAACCUCCUCGUCCUCCUCCUCUCAUCUCUCUCGCCCUGCCUCUGCUGAUUCCGGUGACUACUCGCACUCCCAUCCCCACCCGCACAACCAGCCGCCCAUGUCCCGUGUCAUGAAGAGCCGUAUGGACGCCAUGCGCGCGUCCUUGGGCCGGCGUCUCUCGUCCGAUUCAAUCGGCGGCAUGGGUCCGGGCGGCGGCAUGGGUGCAGUGCAGUCGUAUUUCUUUGAUGAGGAAACCACAUGUCAGGCAGCGUGGGAGUGUGUGUUGGCACUUAUGACGCACAGCCCGGCCAACCAGAAGGUCCUCAGGCAGAAGCGUGGGCUGCAGACGGUGCUGCCGCUGCUCGCGUCCUCCCGCCACCGCCCUUUUGCUCUGCGCCUCCUCACGAUCCUCAUUUCUGAGGACUUGGCUCAGACCAAUCCGGACGAGGUGGCUGGGCUGGUGCAGGUGGCGCGGAGGGGAGUGGCAGGGUCGCCAGGAGGCAGGAUGUGGCGGCUGGACAUAGCAGCGCGCACAGAGGUGCUGUGGACGCUGUCCCACGUGCUCUCCGCCAACCCUGCAGUGCAGGAGACGUUCCUUAAGGUCGAUGGCUUUUCCCUUGGCCUGGCUGUCAUCGCCAGCAUCAAGGGCUCUAGCUCUCUUGACCCCAGCGCUUCUAAGCCUGCUGCUGCUGCUCCUGCCGCUCCUGCUGCUGCUGGAAAGCCGCCUGUGAAGGGAUCUACCGGGGCUGCUGCUGCAGCUGGGGCAGGUGCAGCUGGUGCUGCGUCUGCUGCUGGGUCGGCGUUAUCAGUGGGAGGCGUGGGUAAAGGGUCGCCAGUGACAGGGCGGUACCAGAUGAUGAUGUCCAAGGCAGCCCAGCUCGCUGACCUAGGCGAAACGCCCCUCGCGCUCAAGUUUGAGUUUGUCGACGCGCUUCUGAGCGUGCUGCUGAGAGCAGUGAGGGCCAACCCCGCAGGCCGCCUGGCCCUGCGGCGAGUGAUCAAACCAGAGGAGUUCUCCCGCCAGCUGCCCCACACGGGGCUGCUCGCCCCGCCGUACGACGUGCGGCUGAUCCGCUCCCUGCUGGAUCUCGCCACAGAGACCCUUCGCAGCACCAGCCUGCCUCAAGUUCUCGUACCCUCCUCGCCCUCGCCCACGCCUGUGAAGGGCUCCCAUGCUGCUCCGCACUCGGGGCAUGACGACAGGGGGUUGGAGAGUGAAGCGGGCGGGUCAGCCGGGAGGCUGUCAGGGAAGGGGUCCGGGAGGAGGGAGAGCAUUGGGGGAGGGGCGAGUGGGGGUGCAGGAGGGGGUGGGAGCCCGUGGGGGCCGUGUGAGUGGGUGGUGGAUGAGGUGGGGGUUGUGCGGGAUAGGGAGGGCGUGACAGUGCACAAUGCAGUGGUGGUGCAGAUGCUGUUGGACUCGCUUCAUCUGCUCGCCACCCCCACGGUGGAACGACUGCUGGCGGCCGUGCUUGUGCUCGCCAAGCUCUCGCCCCGCAAUGCAGAGGCGCUCAGUAGCAUUCACGUGGUGCAAGUGCUGCUAGAGCUCUUCAUUCACAAGUCGCACACCCUUGUGGAAGGAACCAUCGACACCAUUCUCCAGACCGUUGAAAUCGUUGGGACCUUCAGAAUCUCACCCACGGAGCUACGGCUCAUGGCGUUGCGGCUACGGCAGCCAGCAGACGCGCCGCACGACCCCAUGGGGCUGCGUUUCCUGCGCAUGCUCUGCCGCAUGGCCGCCGCCUCCUCUGGCUCCGCGCAAAGCGUAGCCGUCUCCUCCUUUGCCGACCUCAGCAUGCGCCGCGUGGGGUAUGCGGGCGCCCAUGCCAUCAUAGGCGAGCGCCCCUGGCCCCCUGCUGGAGGGUUCUCCUUCGCGUGCUGGCUCCGGUUCACGGGGUUGCGCAGCGAUGCAGACGACGGGGAGAGUGACGAGGAGAGUGAGGUGCGGGCGAGGCUGAGCUUUGGGUCGCAGCGGGGUGGGAGUGAUAACGGCAGGCUGGGCAGGGCCAGGCGGUUGCAGGUGUUCACUGUGGCACCGGCAGGAGAGCCUCAUGAGUGCUGCGCAGAGCUCUUUAUUGACGAGGACGGGGUUCUUACCUUGGCUGCUAACACCAACUCGGGUACUGGUGGAAGUGGGAGUGGGGGCGGGUCGGUUACUGGAAGUGCGUCUGGUGGCAGCAGCAGCGGCGGCGGCAGCAGCGGCACGAGCAGCAGCAAGGUGCGGUUCUCAAACGUGCAGCUGAAGGAGGGAUCGUGGCACUUUAUCACUGUGGUGUUCCGACAGCCGUCAGCCCUCUCGGGUUUCUUCCAUGUGGACUCCGCCUCGCUCUAUAUCGACGGGCUGCUGCAGCAGACCGGCAAGCUAUCCUUCGCCCCAUCGCCCCAAGGCAAGCUGCUGAGAGUCACUCUGGGGACAGGCAGCGAGGCGGCCUGUGUGAGUCCGCUCACGUGGCAGCUGGGCCCCACCGUGCUGUUUGAGGAAGCCGUCUCGUCCUCUGCGGUGCUCUUCAUGUACCUGCUUGGCCGAGGGUACCGCGGGGUGUUCCAGGACCCGGCUAUUCGCCAGUUCCUCCCUUUGGAGGCUAGCAACGCUCGCAAUCUGCUGCUGGUGGAGCGGAUCGAAGCAGAGGCGGCCGCGCAGGGGGGAACCCCGACGGGGCUGUGGGUGAAAGGGGACGACUCGUCGAUCUUCCAUGACAUGGCUGCUGCUGCUGCGAGGGCCGGCGAGGGCGAGCUGUGCCCGGUGGUGUGGGAUGCAGAGAAGCCCACAGCAGCGGCGGCGGCGGUGGCGAGCAGGAAGAUUAUCUUCAAGUUUGAUGGGUCCACGGUGGAGCUGGAGGAGAAUGGCGAGCUGUGCCCCGCGUCUCUGGCGCGCACCAUGGUGAAUCUGGUGGACCUCAGCCAUGGCUCUGCUUCGUCCCUUGGAGGUCCCAAGAUGGCCGCUCUGUUCGGCGACAUCCAGCUGUGCUGCCCCAGCAGCGUGGCAGAUGGCCUGCGAGUCAUAGGCGGCAUGUCAGUGCUGCUCGCUCUGCUUGACAUGGCAGACACCUCUGAGCGCCUGCACCUCGCGCUCUCCCUCCUCACAUCGUGCCUGCGUGAGAACCCCCGCAACCAGGAGGAGAUGCGGCGCCUGCGCGGGCACCACAUGCUCGCCAUCUUCCUGCACCAGCGCAUGCCCCUCGUCACCCCCGCGUCUUUCUCCCUCCUGCUCUCGCUCGCCGCGCCCGCCACCCACAAGCCCUCGUCUCUCCUUCUCGCAGCAGACCCCUCUGCUGUUGCUGUGACCGCUGUGUGUGCGGCUUUCGAGGCAGCAGAGGCAUCAGAGGUGGUGCUGUGCAGCCCUGGGCUGGUGGUGCAUGUGCUGCUGGACUGGACCAUUUGGUCCAUCGCCCCUCUGCAACUGCAGCACGAACUCCUCGACUUCCUUCACCUCGUUGUCACCCGCAGCCGCUUCCGCCGCCACAAUGUUGCGUUUCUCAGGCGCCUGGACGUGGUGCCUCGCCUGCUGCUGGCGCUGCAGCACACGGAGCUGGACCCGGAGGUGAUAAGGAAGCUUGUGGGGGUGCUGGGGGGCGUGCUGGGAGCUGGGUUCCUGCCUGCGGAGACCAAGCAGGUGUCGGAUUUCGUCCUCAUGACGUUCAAGGGGGGAGCUGCAGCAGGGGCAGGAGGGAUGGCAGCAGCGGGAGCAGCAGCAGGAGCAGGAGGGGCGGUGGUAGCAGGCGGGGCAGGGGAGGUGUCAUUGAGGAGGAGCAGCAGCAGCAGUGGCAAUGCUGGAUCAGGGGCACCACCAGUCACCUGCAACAGCGGCUCCUUUGCAGCUCGAGAACCCUACGGGCGUCACGUAGCCACGCGCAACGCUCUCCUAGAGAUGCUCAUUCAGCUGCAGCUGCGCCUGGGCCUCACUCCCACAGACGAACGCCUGGACCUGUGGCAGAGGGCAGUAGCCACCAAGAUCACCACUCUCCUGCUGGAUCCCCACCUGCAUGAGUCCUCCCUUAAGCGUGUUCUCAUCCUGCUCGCGGAUUCCCUGCGCUCGCCCACGCAGUUUGCCACGCGGUUCCGCCAGGCCGGGGGGUUCUACUCGCUGUCGCGCGUGCUCGCGUCGUACCACGGCGAGCCGGACAUCUUCCUUGUGCUCUUCACUGCGCUCUUUGGUGCUGAUCCAAAGCCCGCGCUCACUGACAGGGACGACGUGCGUCUGCUGGACCUGCAUGCGCUGCUGCCGCUCAAGGCGAGCCCAGGGGAGGACCUCUUGUUCCCGGAGCUCUUAGAUUCCGUCCUCGCCAUGCUGCGCGCUGCGUUGCUCUCUGCUGUCCCCGCUGAGAGCGCCGAGAAGAAACCCUCUGUCGCUGCAAGUCCUAUCGGGUAUACUGGGGAGGGUGGAGCGGAGGGGGGAGGAGAGGGAGCUGGGGCGGGUCAGAGUGGGGACUGGAGCGGAGGAGGGAGGCAGGCGCUUGUAGAGCCGUUGAAGCGAGGGGCGGAGGGGGCAGCGGCGCUGGUGGUGGGUGUGCUGCGGUUCUGGCUGCAUGGGGUGCAUUGCCCGGGGCCCACUGCACUGGCUGCUGCCACUCGCCGUCCCGAGUGCCUUGAGGGCCUGUUGGAUCUCUUCUUUGUUUGCCUGCGGCACUGCGCGGAGGCGGCUCGCAAGGCCACUACACAAGCCCCCUCCCCGCGCCCCCCAUCCCGUGCUCCUCCCCGCAAGGCCUCCCGCACCGCGUCCCUUGAAGCCAUCGCUUCAGGCGGGGACAACGAGGGGGACGGGGAGGACGACCAAGAAGGGGUUGAGUGGAAGGGGGGACAGGGCGAGGAGGAGGAGGAUGAGGAUGAGAGAGACGAGGUGGGGAAUCGGGCCGUGUAUGGGGCUGACGCGGAUAGGAAGGGCGCUCGGGUGCGUCUGUCUGGAUCGGCAGAUGCUGCUGUGGGCACUGCAAGCCGGCCUGCCAUCUCAGCGUCUGCCAGUGCAGGUUCAGUGUUGGGGUACACAGGAGGCCAAAUGGGACAGCCAGGGCUGGCAGGGCAGGCAGGGCCACUGGGAGCUCAGUCCGGGUCGCCUUCGUACAACUCCCCCCUCGCGCGCCACCUCAGCGUCACCGCUGCGUCCAUGAUGACAUGGCUGGGCGGCGCGAGGGAAUCGACGGACGAGAUUGCAUCUAGCGGGUUUUCCUCUCUGGGGAAGACGGGCAGCGGCAAGCUGGAUGGGGAGAUGUUUGGGGCAGUGGACGAGCACACCGAUGGGCUCACAGCGCUCGUCCCAGAGGCACUCUUUCUCGUAGAAGCAGAGAGUAUGAAAGGGAACGUGGCGGCGGUAGCAGCAGGGAUAGUGCUGGAUAUAAUCGGGGAGGUGGUGGCAGGGGCGCUUCUGGAGGUCCCUAAGAGUGCGCCGCUGCUAGAUGCGGUGCAGGACGCCGUGCCUGGGGAUAUUCCCGCUGACGUUGCAGCGGUUUUCACAGGGCAGUGGCUGCAGCGCGUGCUGCUGGUGCUCGAGCGGUGUCUGCUUGCAAGCAGUGUAGAGGCCAGCAAGCUGGAUCGUGCACGCUGGGGGCCGAAUCUAGAGGCGCUGGCGCCUGUACUCGCGGAUGCUGCUUUCUGCGGGUCGUUUGCCCGGCCGAAGUCAUGCAAGCAGGUGCUGCAAUUCAUGCUGCAGCUGCUCCAAGCGGCCAACACCAACGGGCUCAUUGAAAACGCCCAGCCGGCCACAAGAGGGCUGCUCAUCCGCACUCGCGGCACGUUCCUGGAGCCGUACAUUCUCGCGCUGCUUAAAGCCUGUGGGCGGCUGGUGCUGUACUCGUUCCUGCCUUCAGACAUGGUGGGGGUGAGAGCUGUGACAAGCGGGGAGGACGGGGACGAACUGACAGGGUCGGUGCGAACGAGUGGCACGUAUGCUGCAGAACCGUGGGUGGGGGAGAGGCGCAUGGUCCCUGCUCUCGAUCCCAGCCUGGACCGAUCAGAUUCACUGCACCUGCUGCUUGCGAAUCACGGCAUAAUCCUGUCGAGCGUGAGUGUGGAUUUAGAGCUGGUCGCGUGCCUGUGCCAUAACCUCACGUACAUGAUUCUCCAGCUGCCGCCCUCCCAGUCGCUGCCGCAGCAGCAGCAGGGUGGGGGAGCGGGGCACGAGAGGGAGUCGCUGAUUCAGCAGCAGCAGCAGCACGUGGCGUUAGCAGCAGAGGCGUGGAAAGUGCUGGUGGCGCACCGGGCUAAAGAGCUAGAGGAACUACUCACCUUUCGCACGCCGAGAGGCGAUGUGGUGGAUUUGUUCCAUGGGGGGUUUGACACAGUGCUGCAGAACGGAGAGGCGUCUCUGGUGCACUGGCUGGUGGGGUCCCAGGCGCUGGUGGUGGAGGUGCUCGGGCAGAAGGCCACUCCUGCCUGGCGCGACGCUGUGCUUGCUGCUGCUCGUGCUGCUGACGGCAGAGUGAAGGUGCUGGAGGUGAGGCGGCGGAAGGAGGCGCAGCGGCGGGCGAGGGACAGCCUGAGGUCCAUGGCGAGGUAUGAGGAGCAGCAGGGAGGGAAUGUUGGGACAGCUGAGAAGGUGCGGUUUGGGAUUGCCAAGGAGUUGCUGGUCCGGCGGCAGGAUAAGUUUGGGUGGGUGUUGCAGGCGGAGAGGGAGUGGCAGGGGCAUCUGCAGCAGCUGGUGCAUGAGAGAGGGAUCUGGCCGGCUUGGCCCGGGGGGCUGGAUACGAAGCAGAGGUCCAAGUGGGGCGAGGAAGGGGCGGAGAAGGAGGGCGAAGGUGGGGACGAGUCGGAGGGAGAGGAGGAGGGAGCGGGGACGUUGCAGUGGCAGCUGUGCUCGACUGAGGGGCCGCUCCGCAUGAGGAAGAAGAUGAGAAGGAGCAAGGUGCAGGUAGACUUGCGACAGAAGCAGUGCGUCACGUGCAUUGAGCCGGAGCCGAUUCCCAUUGUGGAAGGAGCGGAGGAGGAGGCCAGGGAGGCGGAGAGACGCAGCAGGGAGAGCAGCAAGGCUGAGAGCAGCAAGCCGGCAGCAGAGGACGGUGCUGGGGAUGCGGAGGGGAAAGGCAGGGAGAAGGACGGGGAAGGAGCGGCAAAGGAAGAGGAAGAAGCGGCGGGGGGUGGGAAGGGCAAGGAGGAGGGGGGCAAGGAGUCGUACCUGCAGCUGUCAGUGAGUGAUGGUACCCCUCCUCGCAUAUACCGCGCCCACUCCACCAUGGUUGAUUUGGAUGAUGAGGGUGGUAGCCUGGCGGACCUUGUUGCUUCACAUAUGGAAGCAUUGGCCGAGGAGGAGGCGGAGGAGCAGAGCGACGCUGCGGAGGAAGCUGGGAAGACCGAGGGACAGGGGGGUGCAGCAACAGGUGGUGCGAUUGAUGGCUCCAAGCCCAAUGCAGCGAAAUCCGGGAGGCUGAGCAGCAGUGCAAGUGCUAGUUCUGGUGCAAGCGGGCCGGUUGCAGGGCGGGGGAUAGAGGCGAGCAGCAGUGGCAGCAGCAGCAGUGCAGACCCUGCAUCGCGCAGCAGCAGCAAGCGCAUGGGGUAUGACCUGGGUGCUGACUGCCUGCGAGGCGGAGCAGGGGGAGGCGCAGAGAGCGACGACGGGGAGUAUCUGAUUCGCCCGCACUUGGAACCCGGGGAGCGAAUCCGGUUCCGGUAUAACUGCGACCGUGUGGUUGGGCUGGAUAAGCGCGAUGGGAUUUUCCUCAUAGGCGAGCAGUGCCUGUAUGUGAUUGACAACUACUUUAUCGACAGCACUGGGAGGUUCCGGGAGAAGGAGGCUGAAGGGACGGUGUCUGUGCUGGAUCAGGCGCUGGGGAUGAAGCCGGGGAAGCCGUCAGGGUUCACCGCAGCAGCGUGCGGGGCGAAUCCCAUGAAGAGGCAUGGAGUGGGUCUAGUUGGUGGGUGGGCGGAGACGGUCGCAGCGUGGCGAGCGACGGGCGGCGGUGGGGGGGAGAACUCGGGGGAAUUGGCAGGAGAAGGGGAGGAGGAUGAGGAGGCGGCAGCGGAGGAGGCGGUACUGUCGCACGAGUGCAAGAAGUGGAAGCACGAGGAGGUGCAUGAGGUGCUGAAGCGGCGCUACCAGCUGCGGCCCGUGGCCAUAGAGCUGUUCUCCAUGUCGGGCAACAACGAGCUGCUCGUCUUCCACAUCAAUGAGCGUGACGAGUGCUUCAAGAACCUGCAGGCCAUGAACCUCCCUAGGAACAGCCUGCUGGACUCCACGAUAUCGAACGCCACAGAGGCAGCGGAGCCACACCGGCUGUUCAAGAUGAUGGCGAAGUCGCUGGGCAAGCGGUGGCAGGCGGGCGAGAUCAGCAACUUCCACUACCUCAUGCACCUCAACACACUCGCUGGGCGCGGGUACAACGACCUCACACAGUACCCCGUCUUCCCCUGGGUGCUCGCGGAUUACCUCAGUCAGGAGCUCGACCUGAGCGAUCCCACCUCUUUCCGCCCGUUGAAUAAGCCCAUGGGGUGUAUCACUGCGGAGCGGGAGAAGGAGUUUGUGCGCAGGUACAACACGUGGGACGACCCGGACAUCCCACGGUUCCACUACGGGUCGCACUACUCGAGUGCGGGCACGGUGCUCUACUACCUGAUGCGCCUGCCGCCGUUCUCGCGGCAGAACAUGCAGCUGCAGGGCGGGCACUUUGACCACGCGGACCGCAUGUUCUACUCCAUCCAGGAGACGUGGAAGAGCGCCAGCACGGGCCACACGGCCGAUGUUAAAGAGCUCACGCCCGAGUUUUAUUAUGUGCCCACGUUUUUGGAGAACCGGUUUAAUCUGGAUUUGGGUGUCAAGCAGAGCGGGGAAGGGGUGAGUGGGGUGUGGGUGUGUGGUGUGUCUCUCGCAUGUCCACCUCCCUCCCCACCUCCCAUCUCCCUCCCCACCUCCCCAUCUCCCUCCCCACCUCCGUCCCCACUUCCCUCCCCACCUCCCUCCUCACCUCCCUCUCAACUUCUUCCCCACUUGCUUCACUGUGCACCUGUGCUCGUCCCUCUCCUCCCAACCCCAUGGCACCACAUACACAAC